ACUGAGCUGAGCUGAGCUGAGCUCUCCCAAAAAGUGAGACCUUGAUCUCCCAGAGUCCAUGGACUCUGGCUAGUCUACUCCACUCGGUUGAUCACUCCUACGAGCUUGAACACCUCCAUGCUCUCCUCAAGACUCUGGCUUAUUCGAAAGGGGGUCCGUGGCUUUGAGUUUGGCUGAGCGGUUGAGUCGUUGCCUUCAUUUCGACGGGACCUCCGACGAGUCAACGAACCGACCGAAAAACGGGCCACCAGUGUUUCCAGCUUCCAUUCAGCUACCACAUACCCAGCGCUCGACAUGGAUCCUACGAUGCACGAAGCACCAUCCAUCGGCCAUCAGUCUGCUGAGAUCGAAGAACACACUUCAGCUGAUACCAAGCAAUUCUCUAUUUACUCAUAUACAGGUAACAUAGCUGACUAUGAUGACGAUGAGAUCUUCUGCUCGCUCGACAUGGACAAGGCGAACGAACUGGUCGGCUGGAUUUUAAAUCAUCCUUUCUUACAAUCCCGAAGUGGGAAAGCCUCAAAACGCCGUCGAUUCUAUGCGGAGAUUCGUGACAAAGCAAUACUGGCCGGAAUGGACCCGUCUACCACGGAAGCUUUGUUGGUCUACGUCGACAAGUUGUGUGCAGAGAGGCGGAAUCGGUUUUCGCGCAAGAAGCCAGUCACACGCGAUGAAGGGGUCGAACAGGGACGCAAAAAUACAGAGAUCUUGAGCAAAGAUGAGAAGAGACAAGGGCAGGAGACCAUGCGAAACGUGGAUGAUGAGCCAGUGGAAAAACAGGACCACGUUUCAGUAAUUCCUUUGCCUGUGGUGUCGGAACCACAGGAAAUACAGCUAGACAAGCUCGACGAUGAACCAGUGGAGUGUCUUCCAGAGGGACCUACUAUACCACAGAAUCACCCCCUGACUGCAACUGAUGGGAACGAUAAGGAAGGUCCACUGACAUCCAAGGAUAAAGACCACUUUCCUUCUGGCUUCUAUGAUAAAAGCACUGCGGAUGUUGCUGUCUCACCAUCGCUGAAAACAAGGCAAAGAAAUCAUAGAAAGAUGGAAGCCAGGAAAGCAAGGAGGGCCGAAAGGAGAGCAAGCUAUCGGGCAGCGCACACAGCAUCAUCCAAAGAUUCUCCACCCAGAGCUGGACGAAAUCCUGCUCCAAAGGCGUCUGAUCCGGAUCGCAGCGCCCGUCAACCACUCCAUGGUUUGGAGGAUACAUUCUUGGAUGGCUCGGGUUUUUAGACACCGAUGAUUCGCAAGGCAUGACGGCAAGCGAUGAGGUGAUGUCAAAAUACUUCAAAAAACCCCAGUUUCAAACCAAAAGACAGCGCGAGAGCCCACAACGAAAGAGUCCGAUAGGCUCUACUAAUUCCUUAGGAGUGACUCCUGUUUCGCAGGAAGUUAUGGUAUCCGCCCUCCUGGAGUUUGACUUCUUUCCCUCAGACUCGUCCUUGAGUGAUGUACCAAGCGACGUGAGUUCAAUCUUAGGGGAUGGAGAU